CGGACGUCCGCGCGAAAAGUUCGCCAGCUGAGCACGACGGCGACCGACGGCGGCGCGCGAGAGCAACACGCAGCAGCAGCCGGCAGGGACGCCGCACCGAACGGCGCGGAAACUGCGACUCGGCUCAGAGAAUAUGUCGCCCGAGCCGGACCAGGCGGUGCCCGCGGGCGUCGGCGAAGUUAGCGCCAGUGCCAGCGGCAGAGCGGAGGCGGCGUGUGCCGGCGCGGACGAAGAAGCUGAUGCUGACGCCUACCUGCGCCUGCUCCUGCGGGAGGGCGUCGACGUACCGGCGCACACGCAGGGUCCGCCUCCAACGGAGGCGCCCCCGUGGCUGGACGAAGAGAAGUUCCGGCGUGGCCAGCGCUUCGCCACGGAGCACCUGUUCGGCCUGGCCUACUCCGAGAUGUUGUCGCUCAUCAUCCUCUUCUCCUUCCCGUCGUCGCUGGAGCCGCUCAUCUUCACUGGGAACUCCGACACGCCCUUUAAGGCGUUCAAGCGCUACCUCUCGACAGGCUUCAGGGUCCUGGCGUGGUUCGAGGGCGACGUUUGGGGCGGCGGGGGCGGCGGCGAGGCUCGGCGGCAAGUGGGGACUGUGCGCGCCAUGCACGAGGCGGUGCAGCGACGCCUGGGGGCGACGCCGGCGCCGGAGCGCGAGCGCCGCAGCCACGUGGCCGGCCCGCUGUGGGCGCCGCUCACCACUGCCGGCAUGCUGGGGGGCGGCGCCGGAGGCGGCGGUGGCGGCUGCCCCUGUCUGAGGGCCGGCGUCGACGUCAACCAGACGGAGAUGGCGCUGACGCAAUUUGGCUUCGUGGGCCUGAUGCUGCUGCAUCCGGACCGGCUGGGUGCGCCAGAUGCGAGCGAACGAGACCUGGAGGGCUUCGCGCACAUGUGGCGCGGCCUGGGCUACCUUCUGGGCAUCGAGGACCGCUUCAACCUGUGCUCCGGCGAUCUCAACAGUGUCCGCCGCCGCUGCCAGCUGGUGGUGGAGCGACUGGUGGCGCCGAGCAUGGAGCGCGUGACGGCCGAGUGGGAGCACAUGUCGCGCUGCAUGGUGGCAGGCGUGGCGCUGUACGUGCCGGGGCCCCCGUUCUCGGUGUCUCUGUGCUACCUGCUGGGGGAGCUCCUGGCUCUGCGCGAGCCGGCGGCCCGCCUGCGCGCCGCUCUGUGUCUGGGCGACCGCCUCACGCUACUCUUCGUGGGUGGCCUACUGCGCUGGUUGCUGCGCUUCGCGCCGCUACGCAGGCUCUACAACUGGCUGCUGAGGCUCGCCAUGAAGCGCGCGCGCCACGCGCCGCAGCACUGGCUCAGCGCAGCCGAGACGCGCCGCUACCCGUACCAGCAGCCGGCCAUCACGCAGCUGUAGUUCGCCGCUCCUCCGCUGGCUGGCGCCGGCUCCGCCGCACGACACCUCGCCGGGAAACGAACACGACUGACCGUGUGCCCGCACGCAUGUCCGAGGCGCGGAAGUAGUCGUACGGCGUUGUCGACUGAGACACCCCAAGGGGCAGCUCAGCUGCCUAAUUAAAAAGUUUUUAUUUUCUGAACGAAUCUUUCACUCUGCAGUGACGUGUGCUCAGUUUUGAAACUAUGUAGAUUCAAACAGCCAUUUGGAUUGGGACUCGAAUCUGGAAUUUCGUGUUUCACUAGCAAGCAGCAGACGGGUAUUUUCAGGACAGAUUUCAGGCUGUGAUGGUGGGUCGUGAGUAGCGUAUCCAGAUUCAGUUUGCGGAUAAUCAGGACAUAGGAGGUGACUUUUCUGCAGCAUGGGUGGGUGAGCUGUCCGGGACCCCCACGUUUGAACCGAGAGUGAAGGAACAAAUCAUUUGAAAUGUUUAGCUUAUGUUAUACAACAUUCAUUUUUACGCUUAUUUAAGGCCACAUUUUUUCUUCUUUCGGCCUACGGCAUAAAAUAUUGCGAUGAAGAAUACCAGUUACACUGCUCUCUAAAUGGCAUUCGUGAACAUCCUUGAAGAAAUAGAGAUAUAUUCACAUGCACCCAAUGAGAUCAAAAUUUACUGAAUGAACAAACCGACAUCAAACACAAAAAAUGCUGAGAACUUUAUUGAUACAAAGCAGGAAGAGAGAUAAAGUAAACAAACCAGAGCAAAAAUGGUUCAAAUGGCUCUGAGCACUAUGGGACUUAACAUCUGAGGUCAUCAGUAAACAAACCAGAGAUAAUAAGUAACCCUUCUCCAGAGUAACAGCAUAAACAGUACAUAACAAAAAUAUAAAAGCAAGAAAACAUCAUAAAUCAUAGACCAUAACAAAAUUACUAUUUAUAAAAUAAAAAUAAAACGUAAAAAUCUCAAAAAAACCAAAAGACAUUUCAUAUAAAAAACAUAAUUAGAAUAAACCUAAGAAAAUAAUCAAAACAUAACAGAAUUUCAGCACAUCACCAGUUUCUGGUGCUAACAAAGUAAAUAUGUAAUAUCUCUGAUCUAAGUUGUCAAAGAAAAAACGCACAAAAAACUGGCUAAUCAUAUAUCUAAAAGUCACACGUAGAAUUACGCCCACAAAGAACAUACAAGCAACGUGUAAAUACAAAGUUCAACAAAGACAGCAUGUGGCAGCAUCGGUAUUACAUGUAAGGUAAAAACACCAGUCAUGUUUAAUACCUCUCCAAACAUAGUUAUAGUUCAUAAUUUCAAGGCUAUCGACUAUUAAUGUAUUUACAGAACGCAUGACGAUGGCAAUAUGCCAAAAUGAGCUCAUUGUGACUUACGCAAUAAAAAAAUGUAAAGAGCAAUAUAACUGACGUAUUUUUAUCGCAAUUGUUUAAUUAUUGUUUAAAUAUUUCUUCUUUAUUUUAUUGCACUAAAUAGAGCCUGCAGCAUUCAACUAUUUAGCACACAAAAAUCACAUAUUUUUCUGUGGUUAUUUAAAAUGGUUAACAUAACAUAACAUCCUGAAAAAUUAUACUAUCUUAGCAAGAAAAUUUCCACAUGAAACUAAAUUCCAGGGUUUAAAUUUGCCCCCCAAAAAAGGUCUGCAAAACUGAUUAAUUUUAACUAACACUUCCAGGUGUUUUAUUGUAGAAACAAACAGAGCCUCAUCACAACUGCCCUGAAGUUCUCCCCCAGAAUGAUCUUUUGUUCGAUACAGAACUGUGAUCACUGGCUAUUGUAAAAUCGUCGUCUUUUCCGUCUGUUUCUUGAUCUACAUCACUCUAUUCACCGAUAAAAAAAAUUUCAUCAAACUCGGGAAAGUUAAAAACUGGCAUCUUCCUGAGGACACAUUUUGUACUAUGGUACCGUACUGAAGAAAACAGUUACGUCCUUGACGAAGCAUGCUCUAGGAGAACCUAACACCUACCAGUAACACGUGUCGACAACAAAGAACGAAGGUGAUAACGCAACCGACAGCAAAACAUUGCAAGGUUGACAGUUUAAGGAGAAUAGAUGGAGUAUAGCAGCAUUCCGCUAUGACUAACCUUGAAAAAUUUUCACCCGGUCUGAGAGAUCAAACCUUGUUCAGAAAUUGUCUGGGCAGGGACCUAAGCCGCAAGACAAAGGAAGGAGAAAGACCAGCGAAAAAACUUUCGCAGUUACAGACGUUCUGUCUGCAUUCAGUGCUGAGUGCGGCUCUUUUGUGGCUGUACUGCUCGCCAAAUGUUGCUCAUCUUGUAGUCCGAUAUCUUCGCUUGAUAAAGAACAGAAUUUCUUUUCGUUAUAUGGCAUAGUUACUGCGCUGCUUCAAAUUAAUUAUAACAUUGCACGAAAUUUUAAAGAGUUUCCA